AGUUUAGUGUUAUUUUGGUUUUAAUAUAAUCAUUCCAAAUUUAGUAUCUGUGAAAUUAUCGUAUUGUGAACUUUUGAGGUUAUAAAUUUUGUGUUUAUGUUUUACUUUGAUGUGAACUUGUAAAUAUAUCGACUUUGAGACAUUAUUUGGUUCUAAUGCAGUGUAUUAUAAAGGUCGCAGGCUUGCAAAUUUCAUUUUGGAGUAAAUUCGUUCUCUGAUUCUACAAAGAAAGGUAAGUUACGCAGCGGAGCAAAUUAAACAAGAGGUUUCUUUUUCAAAAACAUGGAUGUUCCAUUCACGCGUGCCUGGAAAUAUCAGAGAUGAAUCAAAGAACUAGAAAGAAAACUGUCAACUUUUGGCGCGAUCUGGCGAAUUUAUAGCCUACCCGCUCCCGAGUCCGUGUAAUGUGAAGUGGACAGCGGAAGGGACUAUACUGUCAUAUCGAGAAAGCAUAUCUCAGCAAAGUUGUGAAAGAAAAUCUAAAACAUAUCUGUAUAAAUACUAGUCACCUUUUGUGAUUGUAGUUUAAAAAAUUAUUGCUCAAAAAUCUAUUAAAAUAAUUCCUGUAGUAAUAGAAGUAAUUAGAGAAAAUUAGAUGCAUAUCAACGUAUAACUUUAGUAAUACAAAAUUAGUUGGAUACAUAUCAAAUACAUAUGAAGAUGAAGUACUAUAGUAUGUUUUUCCUGCGAAGGCGGACGUUAAUAUUGAAAGCGGUGUUGAUACUGACAGCGCUGUGGUUCAUGGUCGCUUUGCUAACGACAAAUGGCGGAUCUAGGAAUUCAAUUGUCGCACCUCCGAUAGAAUACGAAGACGCCGAAGCGAAACCACUAAAGAUGGCUAAGCCAACAUCUGGAAAGAAGAAAAGUGAAUCCUAUGGAAAUAAUUUAUCAGAUGUGCGGACGCGGAUCGAUUGGCUUGGUCGCAUCGCUGGCGUCCCUGAAGGAUUAGGAGUAAUCGCAGCUCCGGGAUCAGAUAACGCGCCAGGUGAGCUUGGCCAGCCAGUUGUAUUGCCUAAGAAUAUGAGCGAAGAAGCCAAAUUAGCCGUAUCAGAAGGAUGGAAGAAGAACGCCUUCAAUCAAUAUGUUAGCGAUCUCAUAUCAAUAAGGAGGAAAUUACCAGAUCCUAGAGAUGAAUGGUGUAAAAAACCCGGCCGCUAUUUAGAUGAUCUGCCCCAAACUUCGGUAGUUAUAUGUUUCCACAAUGAGGCGUGGUCGGUGCUUCUUCGCACAGUACAUUCAGUGAUAGAUAGGUCACCUGCACAUUUAAUAAAGGAAAUUGUGCUCGUCGAUGAUUUCUCUGAUAUGCCACACUUGAUGCAACAGUUAGACGACUACAUGUCUUCACUGCCCAAAGUUAGGAUAGUUCGAGCGACGCGACGCGAGGGACUCAUCAGAGCGAGGCUGCUCGGUGCUCGAUACGUCACCGCUCCCGUCCUUACUUAUCUAGACAGCCACUGCGAGUGUACAGAAGGAUGGUUGGAGCCAUUAUUAGAUAGAAUCGCACGAAACAAAACAACAGUAGUCUGUCCCGUUAUCGAUGUUAUUGAUGAUAACACAUUAGAGUAUCACUACAGGGACUCGUCUUCAGUCAAUGUUGGCGGUUUCGACUGGAAUCUCCAGUUCAAUUGGCAUCCCGUGCCAGCAAGGGAAAGAGCACGCCACCAACAUACUGCAGAGCCAGUGUAUUCACCUACCAUGGCUGGAGGACUUUUUGCUAUCGAUAAAGAAUUCUUCGAAAGACUAGGAACUUACGACAGCGGCUUCGAUAUCUGGGGUGGGGAGAAUUUGGAACUGUCAUUCAAAACUUGGAUGUGCGGUGGAACGUUAGAAAUCGUUCCGUGUUCUCACGUCGGUCAUAUAUUUAGGAAACGAUCACCGUACAAAUGGCGAACUGGUGUCAAUGUACUAAAGAAGAAUUCAGUUCGUUUAGCAGAGGUGUGGCUUGACGACUACGCUAAAUAUUAUUAUCAAAGAGUUGGUAAUGAUAAAGGAGAUUAUGGAGAUAUUACAAGCAGGAAGCAACUAAGAGACAAUCUUGGUUGCAAAUCCUUUGAAUGGUACUUAAAGAACAUUUACCCAGAACUAUUCAUUCCUGGAGAAUCCGUCGCUCACGGCGAGAUCAGAAAUGUCGCCUUCCAAAAGACUUGUUUGGAUUCUCCAACGCGCAAGUCCGACCACCAUAAACCCGUCGGACUAUACCCGUGUCACCGGCAGGGAGGAAAUCAGUAUUGGAUGUAUUCUAAAAACGGUGAGAUCCGUCGUGAUGAGACUUGCCUCGACUACUCGGGUCACGAUGUUGUAUUGUACCCUUGCCACGGCGCCAAGGGCAACCAACUUUGGCUGUAUGAUCCUAGCACGAAGUUAUUAAAGCACGGUUCAAGUGAGAAAUGCAUGACGAUAUCACGCAACAAGGACAAGAUUGUCAUGGAGCCGUGUAGUGACGCUGAACCAAGACAGAUGUGGGUAAUGGAGAAUUUCAACGCAGACCGACUAAGUCCAGAACUUACGGCUGACUAGAUGUCAUCUUAUGACGUGCUUUUCAUAUAAAGAACUGAGAAAUUGUUUAGACUUUUGUGCUCAGAAUUCACUUGUUGUUGAAUGCAUUGUGCUUUACGUAAGACUUCAUUUGAUUUGGAGGAUAGCUACCAUUUUUUAAAAGUUUGUUAAAUUACCUGUAUUUUGGAACGCGAUUUAGAUUUUGAAAUUGGUUUCGAAUUUUUAUUUUAUUUCUGUAUUAUUUCUGUUUAAGGUACGCGUCCAUUGGCCCGCGGACGCACCUCACGCAUUGAUUAAUCGGAUUUGUCGUAUUAAACCGUUGCGGACUGUGCGUGCGGUGCGUCAGCGGGCCAAUGGACGCGUACCAUAAAAAUUACAUUUUCUUGUUUUUUAUUUGGUGCUUUUUAAAUUGGUGUCACUGUAUUGUAAAUUGAAAAAUUAGCUAUGUUAACUGAGUCGUUAACCUAUUAAUGAUUGUGUUAACUUCAUAGUAUUUAUUUCAAUAUGUUUCUAUGCAAGUAGUUCUCUGAUUAUUUAUUAAUUUAUUCUGUUUUAUUUACGACACUUGCAUUGAUACAUAUUUUUGUCCCUUACAUUCUCUUAGAAAAAACAGAGAUAACAAUAUGUGUUUGUACAAAUGUCACUCGAUAAAUCUACAAUUGUAUUGAUUUCAGAAAGUGUGCUAUUCAAAAAAAGAUGGCGCUUAAUAUAGUAUUCUUCUUCGAGUAUUAAAUUUACCUAGUAGUUAGUCUUCUCUUUACUGUGUACAUAUCUUUAAACAUAUGAAAAUAUCGCAUAAUUAAAAUGUAUUGAAAUAGAUAGUUAAUAACUUUUACCAGAAAAUUAGUGAUUUUCUGAUGACUUGGCUUCUUUGUAAUGUAAAUGUUAUUGUGAUUUUUAUCAUGUAAUAAAAAGUAGUCGUAACUUACGUCUUAGUGGAGGAUAGCUGAAUAUUUAUGUAUUAAUGUUAGGGUGACAUGAAUGUGACGAUUUGUUAUUAAAUUUCAGCGUAAUUUUAAUUCAUUUUUUUGUUUUAAACUUGUGAAAAUUUCA